CACGAACUUACGCACGGUUUUGAUGAUCAGGGAGUACAAUGGGGUCCAACUGGAGCGAUUAGCUUCCGAAGCUGUAGGGAAUGUCUUGGUUGGAUGGAUAAGAAUUCAACUGAAGGCUUUAAAGCAAUGUCUCAAUGUGUAAUAGACGAGUAUGGACAGUUUUGUCCGCUAGAUCCGAGCAAGUACACUCCUAAUUGUGUGAAUGGAGCACUAACACAGGGAGAGAACAUAGCAGAUAAUGGAGGUAAACGCGUUUUUCAGUCCUUGGUCAUAGGUAUUCAUGCUGCAUACCGCGCCUAUCGCGACCAUAUCAAUCUAAAUGGACCUGAUCCAUUGUUGCCUGAUCGCUUUUUCGAGCAAUUCUCACAUGACCAGUUGUUCUUCCUCAGUUUCGCUCAGGUUUGGUGUGAAAAACGCCGUACUGACGAUAGACUCUACCAACAACUAAUGGUUGAUCCCCAUUCACCUGCUAUGUACAGGGUAUUCGGUACACUACAAAACUAUCCAGCGUUUAGAGUAGCUUUCAACUGUCCAGCAGGACUUCCCUACACUCCGGAAAAGCACUGCAAUGUUUGGGUGCCUAACUAUACUCCAUGAGA